AUGCCGGGCUUCGCAGACUCGUUCUGGUCUCCCGACUAUGCGAGCGGACUCGGCGUUCUUUUCACCAAAUUGCAGCAGGGUAUUGUUGAAAACCAGCAGAUCCUUGCCAUUGCUCGUAUGCGCGCGGAUGCGGAGCAGCUAUACAGUGCUAGAUUGGGAGACAUUGCACCAUCAAUCGAUCGGAUGUCAAAUGGAUUCUCCCGAGACGAUGGUGCUAGUGUACGGAAGGCAUACGAAGGAGUCCGAGGCGAAAUGAUCGAGGCCACCAAAAAUCAUCAGAAGAUCGCCUCGAAUAUUAGAGACCUUGUCGUGAAUCCCUUUGGCCGCUGGGCAGCCCAGCACGAAGCACGGAUUUUGAACAGCCAGGAAGAGCUCCAGGCUAGAGUUAAAGAGCAUACGAAACAGGCGGAAAUGACCAAAAAAUUACGAAGCCAGUAUUUCAAUAAAUGUCGUUUGGUUGAGGAUCUAGAGGAGGAGAAUAAACUUGCUUUCCAGAGCCCUGAAAGAGACACCAACAGUCCACAACCGGCACCUCCAACCAUCGUUUUACCUGACGCCGAUGAGGAACCUGAACCGAUUGAGUUGGGGGAUCAAGUGUACCUUCCAGACCAGCUGAAGAAACUGCUCACCCACAUGCUCGAGACAAUCAAGAUUGGAGAGGCCAAAGUUCCAAUUCUCGGCACCUAUUUGAAUACUUCUACCGGCGCGGAUAUUGUAGAAUAUAUCCAAAAGCAUUUGAACGCGUCGAGCAUUAGCUAUGCAGAAAGAAUCGGUCAAGACAUGGUGGACAACGGUUUCUUGCGAUUGGUUGGGAACGUCGGCAGCACAUUCGCCAACAGCUCGAGAAUGAACUAUCAGUGGCGCCCGAAAGCCUUCCAAGUUACUGGAAUUCCAGAGAAAAAGAAACCGCUGCUACGCGUUUCAUCGCUAGCAUCGAGUAGUGAUGAUAAUGCAGACUCCCCAACCGUCGCCGAGAUACUAUCUGGAUGGAACCCUCUCAACAACCCGCAUCCCAAUGAAACGCCUGCGGAAAAACUCAGACGCGAGGCUCGCGAGGCGGAUGAACGUUACAAGGCUGCUGUCAAGAAAUUAGACCGCAUGCGAUGUACGAUGGAACAAGAGAUCAUCGACUAUUUGAGAUUUAUGGAACGAUGCGAGCUGGACCGUUUGAAGGCAAUCAAAGCGGUUGUUCUUGAUUUUUCGGGGGCAAUAAGCAAUGUUAUUCCCUCCUUGCGGAGCACCGUUGACCACAUGAUGCUUUAUCAGGAAACCAUUCAACCCCUGGGAGACUUGAGGUACCUUUUGGAGAACUACCGAACUGGAGGAUUCGUACCACGUGUCCAACCAUAUGAAAACUACUAUGGCUCCGUCGACGAUCAAACUUUUGGCGUUGAUCUUGAAGCUAGGGCCAGGGCAGAUCGCAAACGAGUCCCUAUCAUUGUCACUAGUAUUUUGACCUAUCUCGAUAACAGGUAUCCCGAUUUGGAAGGCGAUCAAGCCCGUCGGGGAAUAUGGCUUCAUGAAGUGCCACUCGCAACGAUACAUCAUCUGCGCAAUGAAAUUAACAAUGGCCAGCCGGUUCAACCUGAAGUAUUAGACCGAUACGAAAUUCCUGCUGUUGCGAGCGUUUUGAAGUUGUAUCUACUUGAAUUACCUGAUUCCCUUGUAUCUUCCCAGGUUUAUGAAAUUGUGAGAACUAUAUACACUACGACUAGCGAUGCGUCCGAAGAAGGCCGCGUGAAAGUCUUACAAAACACGCUAGGCCAGCUUCGCCUAAAUAACAUUGCGACGUUGGACGCGAUUAUCACUCAUUUCACACGAUUGAUUGACCUGACUUCGGCGGACGAUGCAUAUGUUACCGCUCUCGCCCAGCACCUAGCGCCUUGUAUCCUCCGACCCCGUAUAGAAAGCAACCUCACGAUGGACGAGCGGCACAAUUACCGCCUUCUUCGAGAUCUUCUCGAUCACAAAGAGGAGAUCUUUGGAGAAUUGAAACGUCAGGCCAGCUCCCUUGGCAGCUUGUCGUCAGGGUCUUCUCGGCCACGUGCAAUAAGCACUGACGAAAGUAAUCGACGGGCGAAUAUGGAGGCCAGGAAUAGAGCAAUCGCUGAUCGAAGUCGCGCGAACAGCCCAGCUCCCGGAUAUCGUCAUCGGAGGGAUCGAUCUACGGGUGGAUCGGAAUCAACUCGUUUUCCAAUUAACGUCAACAGCCCAACGACUGAGCGACGAGUUGGGAGACAGAGUCUAGAGGUCCCCGGAUCGGUUGACACUUCAGCCCCAACCGAAACUCGCACCGACUCCUCAGGUAACAAUGCAGCAACAAACGGCGGCGGUGACUCCUCAAUUGCCCAAGAUGAUACAAACGCGUCCACGGUGGGGAAGAGCAACUCACUCUCCCGGUCGAGUGGGAGAUACACUCGCAUUACAGGUUUGAACAGGGAUAGCGUUGGCAAUGUGGUUCCGGAUAGCGCUGGGGGGAACACUCAACAAGAUGGCAUGGAUCAGAUUCCAUCCAAGCCGGUAGGAGUGACGUUGGAGGAUAGACCCAUGGAUGACUGA